UAUAUUUCCUCUUGUGGAGAUCAAAACAUCACAACACAAGACACAAAACUUUGUUCAAGCUAGAUCAGUUCUAUUUUCCAAUGGAAGAGUUAUGGGAAAAUUUUCAUCUUCAUAUGGAAUUGGAUUGCGGUGAUGAUUACUUGAUGGACAAGGUUAACAUUGACGACGGUGAUGACUUUCUUAGAGAGAUUCUGUUAGAAACACCACAAAGUGAUGUUAACGGCGGCGUUGUGGUUGUUAAUAACAUGAUAAAAAGCAAGAGUUCAGAUUCAAUAAUGUGUGAACAACAACAACAACACCAACAAGAACAAUCUAAAAAAGUUGGUGGUCGAUGUUGUUUGCCAAAGACAUUCAUUCUGUCGUUUGAUAACUCAACUAUGAUACCUGCUACUACACCUGAACCUUGUCUCCAUUUGAAAGCUAAACGUGGUUCUAAAAACAAACGGAACCGUGAAAGUAGUGAAAACAGUGAAAUGAUGAAAAGAAAUGAACAAAAAGUAUCGAAGAAAGGUAGAAGCGGUUCUCAGUGUAUUGAUCAUAUAAUAGCAGAGAGAAAACGGAGACAAGAAUUGACCGAAAGAUUCAUCGCACUUUCAGCAACCAUCCCUGGUUUGAGCAAGACAGACAAAGCUUCCAUACUUCGAGCAGCAAUUGAUUAUGUGAAACAUCUUCAAGAACGUGUUCAUGAGCUAGAGAAACAAGACAAAAACGUUGGUGUCGCAUCGAUGAUGGUCCUCAAAAAACCGAAUGUAUGUCAAAUUAUUAACAAUAAUGAAGAAGAUAAAAAUUCUGGUGAGACAAGCAGUGGUGAUGAUGAUGAUUAUUAUUUUAACAAAAAUAAUAUUCUCCCAGAGGUUGAAGCAAGAGUUAUGGGAAAGGAAGUGCUUAUUGAAAUUCAUUGUGAGAAACAAAUUGGAAUUGAGCUUAAAGUACUAAAACACAUUGAAAAUCUUGAGCUUUUUGUUACUGGUAACAGUGUCUUGCCAUUUGGGAAAUCAGAUAUUUCCAUUACUAUUAUUGGUCAGAUGGGCGAGGGAUACAAAGUGAGAGUGGAUGAUCUUGUGAAAAGCCUUAGGCGAGUGAUUUUGAAAUCGGAAAUGGGAUGUGAAAGUGAUCUGUUCUAGUGUAUCAAUAAACAACAAGUUUUUUAAGUGAACAAAAAAUAACAAUUGUUGUUUUGUAGGGAAUUGCAAGUUUUCUGUGUUUGUUUUAGUAAUAAUAUUUGUAUGAAAGGGACAAUGCCUACUAUUGAGGUUUCAUCCUUUAUAAAUUGGCGAGAGGGUUGGUUCUCUUUAAUAAAGACUUGAAUUUGAGUUUUGUCAAUAUAAUUGCAGAAAAAGUUUUGUUUCCGUUUC